AUGACAGAGGUCAAGCCUGUUUCUCCCGGAACCCUCUCGUUGUGGAAGCGUUAUGGCCCUUCAGAAAACACUUGUCGAGGCAUUGUCAUCGGUGGAAUCACGGGAGGCAUUGAAAUUUGUAUCACAUACCCAACCGAAUACGUGAAGACGCAGUUACAACUCGACGAAAGGUCUGCACAACCAAAAUUCAAGGGUCCCAUUGACUGUGUGAAACAAACUGUGCGAUCCCAUGGCUUUUUUGGACUUUAUAGAGGAUUGUCAAUACUUGUAUACGGGUCAAUCCCCAAGUCGUCAUUCAGGUUCGGUACUUUCGAAUACCUCAAGGGAAAGGUGAAGGAUGAGCGGGGAAAUCUUACUCCUCUACAACGACUUGGAUGCGGCCUUGGAGCUGGUGUUUCGGAGGCAAUUUUCGCCGUCACACCUAUGGAAACUAUCAAAGUGAAAUUUAUUCACGACCGGGCGCUGCCGAAUCCCCGUUUCAGAGGCUUUAUUCACGGUCUCAGUUGCAUUGUCAAGGAUGAGGGAAUUGGAGGCGUCUACAAAGGAGUUACUGCUACAAUGAUGAAGCAAGGCACUAAUCAAGCAAUUCGGUUUUUCGUCAUGGAGACUUUAAAGGAUUGGUAUAGAGGCGGAGACAAUUCGGUUGUUGUUCCAAAAGCUAUAGUAGGACUUAUGGGUGGUUUUGCUGGUUUCUGUUCCGUUUACGGAAACACACCCAUUGAUGUUGUCAAAACAAGAAUGCAAGGAUUGGAAUCGAAAAAGUACAAAAACUCUUUCGACUGCGCACUUCAGAUUUGGAGGAAUGAGGGAUUCUUCGCUUUCUACAAAGGAGCCGUACCGCGACUGAGUCGAGUUAUGAUCGAUGUCGCUAUCACGUUCAUGAUCUACGACUCUAUAAUUGAUCUGCUUAAUAAGUACUGGAGGAAACCAGUCGAUUAG